UGACUCCAUGUUCCAUCAACCUCUACUUGGUUUACACUCAGAAAUGAUGAAGACACGCUCCUCUGCAGCAGCUUCUACAUCAAGAGUCCUUCAGGGUAAGACCACUGAGGUCGACGAAGGCUCCAGAACUAGAACAGGACUAUGUGAGCCUUUGGACUUAAGUUCUGAAAUAUUUAAAAUAAACAGCGAAAUAGUAGCUGCUGAGUCUAGACGAAGAGUCCUGCAUAAUACCACUGGGCUUCUCAAAGGCUCCAGCACUGGUUUAUGUUUAGGUUCUUUAUCGACACAACUAUCCAACAACACCCCUGUGGUUUCUUACAACAUGGACUUGGACGUCAGUCCUGACUUCUUGGACUUCGGUUCUCUCUUAUCACCACAGUCUGAAAUGACUCAACCUAAACCUCCGUCAGGUUCACAGUACUGUCCAGGACAAAGAGCCCAGACUCAGUCCAUUGCCCCAACUGUUGCCGGCGCUGCAUGUCCACAAGACAGACCCACAGUCAUCCAGGACUCGACCGUCUGCACCGAAGGAAGCGGAGCACAAGAUGCAGUCCAGCUUUUCUCUAUGGAGCCUGAAGGUGAGGCGGAAGGAGGCGGCGAUGCUGUGGUUGAAAUGGACUCACCUGUUACAGCCGUGAACUACUCCGUCACCAACGCCCUGCCAGAACGUGGUCACCUCUCACCUCCUUGGAGCAGGAGAGACUCCAGCUGCCUGUCUCGCUCUCACAGCAUGCCUUCACUGAGUCUAAUAACCUCUGCAGAGAUCAGGACCCUCAGACGGGCUGAAAGCUCACCUGACGCGCUGUUAAUAAGCAGCUCUGAGGAGUUCACACCUGACAUCACCGCUGAUGAGAACGAUGACGAAACCUUCCAGUUCCGGUGCUCCUGCCCAGGCCUGUACCGGUGCAGCGUGACCGGCCUGGUGUUCCACAUGGGGGGAGAAGGGGACGUGGUCUACAGGACCGUCCCUUGGGACUGGAGGCUGCUGGUCCAGCAUCUCAAGAAGCCUGCGGGGCCCCUGUUUGACAUCAAGUGUGAGCAGCGGUCCGUGCGUGGCCUUCACCUCCCGCACUGUGAGAUCCGCUCCACGGGGGGCUGUGACUUCCUCUCGGUCGCUCACGUGAAAGACGAGGGCGUCGAGUUCAUCAGCCCGAAUAAGGCGACAGAAACUCACGUCGUCAUAAGCGUCACAGGGUUUUCUGCGUUCGGUAACGUCAAGGACGAAGACUCGCCCCCCGACCCGGUCCGAGCGCUGGUUCUGCUGUUCUACAGGCCUCCAGCCGACCCUGAUCCAGAAUCCCUCCUCAAUGUGUUGUUGCUACCGAGGAACGUGGUGCUCCGGGACGUUCUGCGCAUCAGGAAGAAGACAGUAGGAGAUGAGAGCUACAUCGAGACAUCCCCACACUGUAAACUGCACCCGAAGCAGGAGUACACUCUGUCCGCGAGUCCUGAAGACCACCAGGUUCUGGUUCAGCCAACCGAAGCGGAGUUUGACAGUGACAACUAUGACAACUACUUCCCAUCGUUCCAGGUGACUUGGGAGGCGACGCUGAAACACAUUAAGCUGUUUUUGAGGGACACAAACGGCUCCCACAGUGCCUGGGAAAGACGAGUUUGUCUUUCCGCAGCUGGAGUCAGAAGGUCCUGUGGACCGAGCGCUCUGAACCUCCCUUCUUGUGAGAAGCUGCGGGUCACACGGAGCAGCUUCAUCAAGGGCAUCUCGGGACCAAUGCUCAAAAGUCUGCUGGACAAACUGUUUGAGAAAACCGUGAUGAACGAUUCUGAGAGGGAGUCGGCGGACGAGAUGCGAAACAAGGAAGACAAAGCUCGUUUCGUUGUGGACACCGUGAGGAGCAAAGGUGAAGCUGCCAGUUCAGAGAUGAUUGAGAUGCUCUGUGAGGCCGACCCCUUCCUCUGUGGACAUCUGGGGCUGAUGUGAAGCUAACGGAAAUGCUACAAAACAUAGCAUUUAUACUUUAUCACAUUUAGAAAUGUUUAAAACAUCAGAUUCCUUAAUUUGUAGGUCUUUUUGUAAAAUUGAAAAAAUAUGCCAUCACAACUUUGCACUAUUUCUUUUUUAUUAUUUGGUUUUUAAAUGUUGAAUUUAAAGUUUUUCAUAUUUUUCUAAUGAUUCUAUUUAAAAACUAUAUUUGACCAAAUUAUUGCCACUUUUUAUGAUGUCAGUUGAUUCUGAACACUUCAUACGUCUGAUUUUAGUAGUUUUAAUGUUAUUUUAUUUUACUUUAAUCUUAAAUGUUUGUGUUCUUUCUGUAAGGUUGAUCCAGGGCUCAUUAAGUUGUAAGAACAACAAAUUAAUGCAACUUUUAAGGUACUGCAGGUAAAAUAACUGUUUUCAUGUAGACGUUCAUUUAAUGUUUCUAAUAAAACAUCUUUUUAAACUUUAUUGUCAAUAGUGCCAGAUGACAUCAUGACCUCAUGCAGCAAUGCUUUCCAUCUGGGUUUUAAAAGUUCAUCUUUAAAGGCUCUUCAUGUAUCCAAGGGGUCAACAAAUUAUAAUAUUUGUGACUUAAUGCUCUUGUCUUAUCUUCGUGUUUCUCUAUGAACUGUGUAAUUGAUUGUGUACCUUCAUCAGCCAGCAGGGGGAGGUGUUUGCGUGUUAAUGAUCAGAGUGAAGACAUUCUUUACUGACAGUGAAACAUGACAUCAGUCUACUGUUACAAUAUAUAUAUAAUCUAAUAUAUAUAUAUAUAAACAUUACAUGAACCCAUUAAGAAGGGGCCAUCACAAUAAAACAUGUAGAAUUCACAGUAAAAUGUAUUUCUAUAUUUUGUGUGAGGUGCCAAUGAGAGGAGUUAUAGAGAGAUAUUACAGAAGACAUAUUUUAUCACAAAAUAGCAUUAUUGUAUGUUAUUUUAUGGAUUUUAUAGCAUAUAUAUAUAUUGGCCACAAUCAUUAAAAACAUGUUUGCUGUGGUUUAUUGAUAUUGUCCAACUCGCAGAUAUGAGGAUGAAAAAAUGUGUGUUUGUAUUUUGCCGCAUAUAUUGUUGCUCUAUCAUUGAAUAAAGUUAUGUUUUCAAUAAAAAAAAAUGAUAUUCGUAUGGCCUCAGUAUUGAAUUGAAGACAUUUUAUAACAAUGGUGUCUUUAAGAAUGUGCGGCCUCUUUAAGCUACACUGGAUUCUGACGCAGCCUUCCACACUUCAACUUGAAAUCUCCUUUUAAAGGCGCAGCAGAAAGGUUUUAAUAUCAGUUAGAAAUGGUUGUAAAGAAAGUUUGUUUAAAGGUAUUUUGUUGAUCCCAUAGAUGUCUACUGUCAGUAUGUGAUAAGUGCUACAGUUUGUUUUUAAAUGAGUAGAUAAUUAAGCUGUGAGUCUGUCUCACUCAAAGUUAUUUGAUGAACAGCAACACAUGCUCUAAAAUAACUUCAACGCACAGACUGUAGUUUUCACAAUUUACAGAUAAUAUAUAUUUUUUAAUUGCAACUAUUUGAUUCAUCAACAGUUCAAAUUGAGCUCUCUUACUUUAAAAACAUUUUGUAUUUUGUUUAAUGACAAAAAAUGUUCAUGAACCUGAAGGCAUCAGAUGUUUUACAUUUUUACUUUAAUAAUUACUUAAAACGAUUU